ACGCGGCCGCUAGUAGUGUAGGCCUGAGGGCCGAGGGAAACUGCGCGUGGGCUAACCUGGAGUUGCGAGUGGGUGAACCGAUGUGCGCAGCCUGAGAAUAAAUUCGAGCGCCCCAGGGCCGAGCCUUGCGACCGCCCUCCUGCCGCGCCGGCGGAGGGUUUAAAGUGAAUAAACAAUGGCCAAUAAUAACAAAUCUUCAGGAGGUCGCCCUGUUUCACGAGGUGGAAUUGGAUUGACAGGAAGGCCUCAUUCUGGAAUACGACCCCCAUCAGGAAAUAUUCGAGUGGCAACUGGAAUGCCACCUGGGACUGCAAGACCAGGUUCUCGUGGUGGUCCCAUAGGGGCAGGUGGAGUUCUGUCUUCUCAAAUCAAAGUUGCUGAUCGUCCUGUCACACAACAAGGUUUGAGUGGAAUGAAAACUGGGAUGAAAGGUCCCCAGAGGCAAAUUUUAGACAAAUCUUACUAUCUUGGGCUUCUUAGAAGUAAAAUAAGCGAACUUACAAGUGAAAUUAACAAACUUCAGAAAGAAAUAGAAAUGUACAAUCAAGAGAAUUCAGUGUAUUUGUCAUAUGAAAAGAGGGCUGAAACUUUAGCUGUUGAAAUCAAAGAGUUUCAAGGACAACUGGCAGAUUACAACAUGUUGGUGGAUAAACUUAAUACCAAUACUGAAAUGGAGGAAGUAAUGAAUGAUUACAACAUGCUUAAAGCUCAAAAUGAUCGAGAGACGCAAAGUAUGGAUAUCAUAUUUACUGAAAGACAAGCGAAAGAAAAACAAAUUAGAAGUGUAGAAGAAGAAAUUGAACAGGAAAAACAAGCAGCAGAUGGCAUUAUAAAAAAUAUGUCUCCUGAAAAGCAAGUCAAAUACAUAGAGAUGAAAACCACAAAUGAGAAAUUGCUACAGGAAUUAGAUACACUUCAGCAACAACUAGAUUCACUGAACAUGAAAAAAGAGAGCCUGGAAACUGAAAUAACACACUCCCAGGUAAAACAGGAGGCUGUAUUGCUGCAUGAAAAACUUUAUGAAUUAGAAUCCCAUCGAGAUCAAAUGAUUGCAGAAGACAAAAGCAUGGGAUCCCCAAUGGAAGAGAGAGAGAAAUUACUUAAGCAGGUUAAAGAAGAUAAUCAGGAAAUAGCCAGCAUGGAGAGACAGCUAACAGAUAUAAAAGAAAAAAUAAACCAGUUUAAUGAAGAAAUUAGACAACUUGAUAUGGAUUUAGAGGAACACCAAGGUGAAAUGAAUCAGAAAUACAAGGAGCUAAAAAAAAGGGAAGAAAAUAUGGACACUUUUAUUGAGACUUUUGAGGAAACUAAGAGUCAGGAACUGGAACGGAAGGCACAGCUAGAAGCCAGCAUUGUUUCACUUUUGGAGCAUUGUAGUCGUGAUUUAAAUCGUAUGAAACAGAUAUCCUCUGUCACCAAUCAAGAGCUAAAAAUGAUGCAGGAUGACCUCAAUUUUAAGUCUACUGAAAUGCAAAAAUCACAAAGUACAGCUAGAAAUUUGACUUCAGACAGUCAGCGUCUACAGUUGGAUCUACAGAAAAUGGACCUUCUGGAAAGUAAAAUGACUGAGGAACAGCAUUCUUUAAAAAGCAAAAUUAAGCAAAUGACAACUGAUCUGGAGACAUACAGUGAUUUGUCAGCUUUAAAAUCAUCAGGUGAAGAAAAGAAAAAGAAAUUACAGCAGGAAAGAAUGGUGUUAUCAAUUCGCAGAAAUGCUUUUAAGAAAAUAAUGGAGAAGCUAAAUAUGGAAUAUGAGACACUAAAAACACAACUACAAGAAAAUGAGACACAUUCUCAGCUUACAAAUUUGGAGAGAAAGUGGCAACACCAUGAGCAAAAUAAUUUUGUGAUGAAAGAAUUCAUAGCAAGCAAGAGUCAAGAGAGUGAUUACCGGCCAAUUAUGAAGAAUGUGACCAAGCAGAUUUCAGAAUACAAUAAAACCAUCGUGGAUGCUCUACACAGUACUAGCAGAAACUGAGUCUGAAUCCACUAAAAGUCUCUAAUAAAAAAAAAGUUUCUAAAAAAAAAAAAAAAGUUGUUUCUUGGGUAGGGCGCCAGUGGCUCAGUCCUAUAUGCCAGAGGUGGCAGGUUCAAACCAGCCCCUGCCAAAAACCACACACACACACACACAAAAAAAAAAUAGUUUCUUAUUGCUAAACUUAGUUCAAGCAGGCUAAAAAAUAAAAAGAAAUAACUUACCCUUGAAGAGUUUUACCUGGACUUUCCGAAUGCUGUAACUUUUGUGGCCUCUUUGAAGAGUAAUAUUUUAAAUAUAAUAGUUCAAUAAAUAGUUUGCGUAUAAAAUAUGUCAUCUCCUUUUUUAUAUUUGUUAUUUGUGACAGCAAUAAAAGUAUCCCAAAGAACCAAGAGAUAAAGAAACCAAAAAUAACCAUUGAAAUUUGUUUAGCUGAUAUAAUACAUCUAUGGCUGCAAAUGAGAUAAUCUUUCCAUGUAUUAAUAUUAACCUAGGAGGGAAGCAUGAGGUAUGAUUCUGAUUUAGCACUUACAUCCAAUGGGUCAAUUUUUGCUUCUAGAACAAACUAAUAAAGAUAGAAGGGAGAUUUUUAGCUUUGAGCCUUACUUGUCAAGUACGAUAUAUUUGAUGUACAUUAGGGUACAUAAAGUAACAAAUGUAUAAUACAUAUUCUUUCUGUAUCAGUUACCCCUAAAGAUUUGGAAUUUAUAAUUCUUUGCAUUCUUACAAUAUUUUUUCACAUAUAUGUAUGCAUAAGACAAGGUUUAAAAGAAUAGCUUAACUUAAGGUGGGCGGUUUUGGCCUAUGACUACUGCUGCUCAUUUCCACCUUGGGGUAUGCAUUCGCUCUCUUGUACUAUUAGGAGGACUUACGUAGAUUGUAAGUAUUAGCCAGAACAUUUGGAAAGAAAAUUUAUAAGAGGUGGAAUUGGGGAGAGAAGCAUAAGUCUGGAACAAAUAGUAACUAUAGAUGUAUACUUUCUUGUGGCACAGGAAUGAAUCACCUUAACCAGAAUAAAAUAUUCUUUAAAACUAUCUUCCUUUUGCUCUGAUACCAUGUUCCCCAAGUAACUCUACUUUUCAGUAUUUUGGGAACAUAAACAUAUUGGAUUCUUAGAAAACACAGACACUAACACAACUACUGAGAUAUCACUUACAUACCUUAAAAUUUACUCAUGCAUAUGGCCUUUUUAAAGUAAAUAUCGAUCACUGUAUAUUCACCAACUUCAGUCCAUGGAAGUUUAGGCAGAAAAGUGAGCAUCGUUGAGCUUGGUUAACUCUGGAUUAUUAAUAUGGCUAAAGACCAUGAACAAUGAUGCAUACUUAAGGUAGCAUUCAUAAAAUGUGUUUCUCAAAUCCUGAGUUUCUCAGGUUAUUAACAGGCAUUAUACCAGCAAAGCCUUCAUGGUCAAAGAAGUUUGGGAAACAUUGUUUGAAGCAAAGGUAAAUUUUUCUCAGAGCCCUUAAUGUGCUAAUAUGUAAUAAGCUCAAGAAGAAGGUGUACUGUAAAGCAUUUCUCAAAGGUACGUGGUACUUGUCCACAGAACCCUUACUCAUAGACAUAGGUCAUGUAAAACAUACCAUCCAAGAAAUACACUUUGAACACCAAAUAGACUUUGUACACUAAAAUAAUUUUAUCUCCUCACAUCCUCUGGGUAGCUCUUUGGCCUUUUUCACGUGACUCUUGAGUGUGUCUUUUUUUAGCCACCACAGAUUUCUUUACCCACAGUUGUAUGGGAAUUUUCCAUUGGAAACUGGUAGCAGAAAAUGUUUAACAAACUUAAAUUUUACAAGAAAAAUCUUUAUUCUUUGGGGAGUUAAAAAGACUAAAAGUAAUAGAUUUUGAUGACAGUUUGCCUAGACCAGCGGUUCUCAACCUAUGGGUCGCAACCGCUUUGUAACAAUGAAAAUACAUCCUGCAUAUCAGAUAUUUAUAUUACAAUUCAUAACAGUAGCAAAAUUACAGUUAUGAAGUAGCAACGAAAAUAAUUUUAUGGUUGGGGUUCACCACAACGUGAGGAACUGUAUUUAAAGGGUCGCGGCUUUAGGAAGGUUGAGAACCACUGCCCUAGACCUUCAUUCAUUCAUUAGGUAUUCCUAUAAUUUGGUGAUUAGGCACCUUUAUGUACGUGUCUGACUACUGAAAAAUAUUUUUCUUUUAUACAGUAAAAAUGAUAGGGAUGAGUAAGCAUAUAACCUAGGUGAGAGAUUUCUAUAGUCUUAAUCAUAUUGAUUCUACUUUGUGGACACUUCCAAAAAGAAAGGGAAUCUGGGAACAUGUUUAUAGGUAAGUCAUUUUUGUUUUCCUCAUUUGAAAGUGAAUUCAAAUGCCUUCACUUUUCUUUUAGUUCCUUCUAUUUCUACCUCAGUGUUCUUGACCUUUCAAUGUACCCUUCUAAACUAAUUAUCAACUUAGUAAUUUUUACUGUUAAUAAUAAGGAUUUUUUUCUUAGUGGUAAGAUUGUAGGUGAUUUUAAUCUUUCUUGGGCUUUUUGGUAUUUUCAAAAUUGUUGAAUAGGAAAUACUUAGAAAUGCAAUAAAAAUUUAAUUAAAGACCUGUGGACAGUCACUGCUUUAACUUGUGGAAAGGAUAUAUGGUAGUAAAACAACUCUUCUGUCUUUAGCUCUAACUAAAACUGAACCAGUCUUUACCCAGAAAGAAAGUAGGAAGAAAAUUAUCUUAUUCAUUAAGUGUAUGUGUUUGCAUUACGACAAUGGGAAGUUUGGCAGGAAAAAAAAUUCUCUACAAAAAGCAAGGUUUCCAACUUCCGUGUUAAAUUACUCAUCUCAUCUUGUAUAUGAUAUCUGGGGAACAUAAUUGAGCAGGAUUUCUUUAAACUGAAGUAUGUUUUAUCUAAGGGAAAUUCUCACUAGUGUCUCUUCCUUCCUCUCAGAGCCUUUCAACAAAUCCAACAAGAAUAUUCACAUUGCUGGGAUAGAACUGGAGGUUAAUAUUUGCAUGAACUGGCACUUCCUCAGUCAGUCACAUUACUCAGUGAGUUCCAUUCGUGUUAAAAUAACACCUUGGAAGUCAUGUGGAAAGAAGCUGCAAACUGAACAAACAUGAGUCGUUUUACCAGUGAAGAUCAACAUGGGAAAGUGAGCAAGCCUUUGUUAUCCUUAUC